AUCCUGUGUUUUACUCUUCAACAGCACGCAUAACCCCAUAGGUAGAAAUACUCAACUGCUACAAUCAAAAGUCCUGAACUGUAAUAUUGCACAAGGAUUAUCAUUAAAAUGUAGUCAUAAUUCAAAUGGAGUGUCAAAGAUGUGCAUCUAGCCUCACGUCUCCACAUGACUUGUGUUUUUGUCUAUGGGACCCUGAAGAAGGGCCAGCCCAACUACUACCGGAUGUUUGACACCACUAAUGGCAAAGCUGAGUUCCUCGCUUCAGCUCGCACCACUGAGAGAUACCCAUUGGUCAUCGCCUCCAAGUACAACGUCCCUUUCCUCCUCGACAUUCCCGGCCAGGGCAACCAAGUCCACGGGGAGAUCUACAAAGUGGAUGAGCAGAUGCUGAAAUUCCUGGAUGAUUUUGAGAGUGUUCCUGAGAAAUACCAACGAACGCUGGUCAAACUGGAGGUGAAGGAAUGGGUUGGGCCGGCAGAGGGAGAGACCCUGGCACCAGGGAGCAUCACUGAGGCUUUUAUUUACAGCACAACAACCUACGAAUCAGACUGGCCAUCACUGCCCACAUAUGAAAGCUAUGAUGCAAAAGGAGAACACGGGCUGGAGUAUGUCAUCAGAGAAGCACGGACUGACUAAGAAGACUAAGAGAAUGGACCUAAACCUGUCUGUCCCUGAUGGUAUAGGUUUUUUCUGUUUCAACCUGAUAUGUGAAAUUAGAUUUUAAUUAUUAUUAUUGUUAUUAUUAUUACAAAAACAAGAAAAACACAUGACUGAUGGUUUUAGAUUAAGUUUAUAUAUUUAAUAAAUCAGAUGUGAGUAUCCUGUGGAUUUUCUUCAGUGUGUCAUCAUCAAAUCUAGUCUUGAUCUGAAAUGGUAAAAUCCAGAGAAAGUGGAUAGAUGCAGAACUGAAGAUAUUUGGUAGUGAACCAAUAACAUCUCUAUU